AUGGCAACACGACAACAUCAUUUUCACAACAAAAUCUCAUUACUCUCUUCUCUUCUUGUUGCAACCACAUUAACAUUUAUACUACUCACAUCAUCAAUUUUUGAUGUAUUUCACUCACCACAUCAACCAAUUUCAACUCUGGUUCACGCCGAGAGUAUUCCGAGCUACUAUUCCAAACGAUAUGUCUUUGGACAAGACAUUGCUAUUAAAUCUAGGAAAUUAUCAUCCUAUCAUAAUGUUCCCUAUGAAUUUCACUCGUUACCAUUUUGUCGACCAAAAGAAGUCAAGUAUUCUGUCGAGAGUUUUGGAGACUACAUGUUGGGAGAUAGAUUUGAGAAUACAAUUUAUCAUUUUCCUUUAUUACAAAAUGUUCCAUGUGCUAGAAUUUUUCCAUCCAUGAAUGAGCAAAACACAAUCAUUUGUCCAACAUUUGACAAGAGUGUUGCACUUGAUUUCAUGUCAAAAAUUAAGGACGACUAUCACAUUCAAUUCACUGUAGAUAAUCUCCCCAUUGCAUAUCUUUAUGAUAAUAGAACACGAUGUGGAGAUGCACCUCUCAAUGACUUGCAACAACUUUCAAAAGAAACUACCAAGUACACGAGACCUGAUGGAUUUCCACUUGGUUGUGUGUAUUAUCCAGAAUCUUUGAGAAAUGCUCCACAAGCGAUCAAGGACAAGAAAGCUCAAUAUUUUGUGAAUAAUCAUUUCUCAUUCCUUUUCAAAUAUAACAAGAAAGUAGUGAGAGGAUCGGAUUUGUAUUUCAUUGUAGGAGCUGAAGUUUAUCCUUCAAGUAUUAGACAUGAGUCUUCUCAAUUUACGUGUGAUGUCACAAAUCCUGAGAAAUUUAGAAUUGAUCAAGCUACAACUUCGAUACCUUUUUCUUAUUCAGUGACAUGGCUAGAGACUGACUUGGAGUAUCCCAAUCGAUGGAACGCAUAUUUGAAAACUGACUAUGAUCAAGAUACAGAAGAUUAUGACAUUCAUCAUUAUUCUCUGAUUAAUAGUUCUAUGACUGUGCUUUUCUUGACAGGAAUUAUUGCCAUGAUCAUGUACAAGAUUUUGAAAAAAGAUUUGGAUUCUUCAAAAAUCAAUGACGACGAUAUUGAAUCCUCUCUUCUUCAAGAACAAGAAACAGGAUGGAAAUUAUUAUCUGGUGACGUUUUUAGAAUUCCCAAAUAUCCUGCUCUUCUCUCAGUCAUGGUUGGAUCUGGUUUGCAACUAGUGGUCAUGUUCACAGUGUCUCUCAUUUUGACCGUAUUUGGAUUUGCAUCUCCAGAAAGUAGAGGAAGAGUUGUUGCUGCGUUUAUUCUUUGUUAUCUCUUUACCUCUGCUGUGGCUGGAUUUUGGACACUCAAAAUUUACAAAAUGUUAUCUGGAACUAAUUACAUGAUGGUAUCUGUUGGAGUUGCAUUAUUUGUGCCAACAGUGGUCACCAUCAUUUAUGGAACAUUGAACACGAUCAUGUGGAUGAUUCAAUCUUCGAUGGCUCAACCCUUCUUCUCUAUUUUCACAAUUUAUACUGUUUGGUUUGUGGUAUCCAUUCCUUUGGUGUUCUUGGGAGCCAUGAUGGCACAACGAUCAUUAUCCAACAAUAAGGAUCAUUGGACAGUAACCACAACCACAGCCACAGCCACAACAACCACAGCAACCAUAACAACACCCAAAGUCUAUCCAACUCCAAGAAAUAUUCCACCUCUUCCUCUUCCAUUGAGAUUUCCUUAUAAUUAUCUCAUUGCUGGUAUUUUACCAUUUACUGCAUUCUUUGUAGAAUUUUAUUUUCUAAUUUCCUCUAUUUGGCUUCAACAGCAUUACUUUUUAUUUGAGUUUCUUUUUACAGUAUUUUUGAUAUUAUUAGUGACAAGUGCAGAGACGACCAUUGUUUUUAUUUACUUUCAAUUGUGCCAUGAGGAUUAUCGUUGGUGGUGGAAUUCUUUCUUUUAUAGUUCUACGAGUGCGUGUUAUCUUUUCAUUGCUGGACUUUUCUAUUACUCCUCUCAAUUGAGUUCACCUCACUUUUACAUGACCAUUCUCUAUUUUGGUUACUUGCUCAUUCUAUGUUUCUUGAUCAUGUUGUUGACAGGCUCUGUUGGAUUUCUUGCUACCUUUUACUUUGUGAGAAAGAUUUAUAGCAUGACCAAAGUUGAUUAA